UCCAAUCCCGAGUGUGCAGAGUCCAGGAGCCACAUUCACAGCCUUGGGCCUCCAACUGGAACCUGCUCCCACUCCAGACUGACGGUUCAUUGCCACAAUGGGCUCUGAGCUGGAGACUGCGAUGGAGACCCUCAUCAACGUGUUCCACGCCCACUCGGGCAAGGAGGGGGACAAGUACAAGCUGAGCAAGAAGGAGCUGAAGGAGCUGCUGCAGACGGAGCUCUCCAGCUUCCUGGACGCCCAGAAGGAUGCAGAUGCUGUCGACAAGGUGAUGAAGGAGCUGGAUGAGGAUGGAGACGGGGAGGUGGACUUCCAGGAGUACGUGGUGCUGGUGGCUGCUCUCACAGUGGCCUGCAACAACUUCUUCUGGGAGAACAGUUGAGCAGAUAGCCCACAAGGGCGGCGCCCUUCUCCUCCCCAUCCCCACCCUACCUGACCUGGCCCUUCACCCGGUUACCACCUCACCCCACUCACACCUGCUCACACCUCAGCACACACCCAGGGCGCAAAAUAGCGAUCCCACCCUGCAACUCCUAUUUCAUUAAAGGCUCUCUAUUGCCAGCUG